AUGACCUUAACGAAAGAGAGCUUCCACGGGGCUCUUCCCCCCAGCUCGGGAGAGGCCAAGGCCGACAUGGAUGGCACCAGCGAGAAGGAGGAAGCUCCGAGGCAGGCAGUGAUGAGGACUGGAGCAGCAGUGCCAAGGAGGCGAGCGGUGGGAAGGCUGGUCAUGCACAGCAUGGCCAUGUUCGGCCGGGAGUUCUGCUAUGCCGUGGAGGCUGCCUUUGUCACGCCGGUGCUGCUCAGUGUAGGGCUGCCCAAGAACCUCUACAGCCUCGUGUGGCUCAUCAGCCCUAUCCUGGGCUUCGUACUGCAGCCCGUGGUAGGUUCAGCCAGUGAUCACUGCACCUGUAGCUGGGGCAGGAGGCGACCUUACAUUCUGGGUCUGGGCAUCAUAAUGCUGUUAGGCAUGGCUUUGUACCUCAAUGGGGACGUGAUCAUCUCAGCUUUCAUCGAUGAGAGAAACAAGCAGCGGACGUGGGCAAUAGUCAUUACCAUGCUGGGAGUAGUACUUUUUGAUUUUGCAGCUGAUUUUAUUGAUGGUCCCAUCAAAGCGUAUUUAUUUGAUGUCUGCUCUCAUCAGGAUAAAGAGAAGGGUCUGCAUUACCACGCCCUCUUUACAGGUUUGGGAGGAGCCCUGGGUUACCUUACAGGUGCUAUGGAUUGGGGUCAAACCAUACUAGGAUAUACCUUGGUAUCAGAAUUCCAGGUGAUUUUCUUCUUCGCAGCCUUGGUUUUCAUAAUCUGCCUUACCGUACAUCUGUGCAGCAUUCCUGAAGUCCCACUCAGAUAUGAAAAUGAAGAGGCAAAGUUCUUGUUGGAAGUGACUGAACCCCACAAAUACAGCUCCAUAGAGGAGGAAAUUAAGAAUGGUUGCUUAAAAUCAGCAUGUACGGAAAUAAAGGCUGCAGCCAAGCCAGGGAAAUGUGCAGUUGCAUCACGCACAGAGGAAAAAAGGCAGAUGACCCUCAAAUCCCUCUUGAAUACACUUUCAAGCAUGCCAUCCCACUAUCGCUAUCUGUGUGUGAGCCACCUCUUUGGAUGGAUGGCUUUCCUGUCCAAUAUGCUCUUCUUCACAGAUUUCAUGGGACAGGUUGUGUACCACGGGAAUCCUUAUGCACCUCACAACUCCACACUUUACCUCACCUACAAAACAGGGGUAGAGAUGGGAUGCUGGGGACUGUGCAUCAAUGCAGUUGCUUCGUCAGUCUAUUCUUACUUGCAGAAAGUCCUUCUGCCAUACAUAGGAUUAAAGGGACUUUAUUUCAUUGGAUACCUACUUUUUGGACUGGGUACAGGAUUAAUUGGCUUGUUUCCCAAUGUCUAUUCCACUCUGGCUCUUUGUUCACUCUUUGGAGUCAUGUCCAGCACACUGUACACAGUGCCAUUCCACCUCAUUGCAACGUACCACAGGGAAGAAGAGAGCCUGAAGCUGCAGGAAGGGGAGCAAGCAGGGGAGCAUGGGCGAGGGAAGGGCAUCGACUGUGCUGCUCUGACCUGCAUGGUCCAGCUGGCCCAGAUCAUCCUCGGCGUGGGCCUGGGGCUGCUGGUGAGUGCUGCUGGCAGUGCUGUCACCGUGAUCUCGGCAUCCACCGUGGCGCUGAUCGGCUGCUGCUUCGUGGCUUUCUGCGUUCGCUACGUGGACUAG